AUGUCCGUAAAUUCGAAUCCAUAUGCCCCAUCUCCAAAUGAUUUAUUAUCAAAUGUUUGCAACUUCCAGCUAAUCGAAUCAACCCUAAGAGAAGGUGAGCAAUUUGCAAGUGCAUUUUUCUCUACUGAGAAGAAAAUCGAAAUCGCCAAGGCUUUAGAUGAUUUCGGUGUCGAUUAUAUCGAACUUACCUCUCCGGUGGCCUCUGAACAAUCUAGAAGCGAUUGUGAAGCAAUCUGUAAGCUGGGCUUGAAGGCUAAGAUUUUGACGCAUAUUCGUUGUCAUAUGGAUGAUGCUAGAGUCGCUGUUGAAACUGGUGUUGACGGUGUCGAUGUCGUCAUCGGUACUUCCAAAUUUUUGAGAGAAUAUUCUCAUGGUAAAGAUAUGAACUACAUAGCGAAAUCAGCUAUCGAAGUUAUCGAAUUCGUUAAAUCCAAGGGUCUAGAGAUCAGAUUUUCCUCUGAAGAUUCUUUCAGAUCAGAUAUUGUUGAUCUUUUGAACAUUUACAAGACUGUGGAUAAGAUCGGUGUCAACAGAGUCGGUAUUGCUGACACCGUUGGUUGCGCAAACCCAAGACAAGUAUAUGAGCUAGUCAGAACAUUGAAGAGUGUAGUUUCUUGUGAUAUCGAAUGUCAUUUCCAUGAUGAUACUGGUUGUGCUAUCGGUAACUCAUAUUCUGCGUUAGAAGCCGGCGCCAGAUUAAUCGAUGUCUCCGUGUUGGGUAUUGGUGAAAGAAACGGUAUCACCUCUCUUGGUGGUCUAAUGGCAAGAAUGAUUGUAUCUGCCCCAGAAUACGUCAAGUCCAAAUAUAAGCUACACAAGCUACGUGAUUUGGAAAAUCUAGUCGCAGAUGCUGUCAGUGUUAAUGUGCCAUUUAACAACCCUAUCACUGGAUUCUGUGCAUUCACACAUAAGGCUGGUAUUCAUGCCAAGGCCAUCUUGGCUAACCCAUCUACGUACGAAAUUCUAAAUCCAGAAGAUUUCGGUAUGAAGAGAUAUAUUCACUUUGCCAACAGAUUAACUGGUUGGAACGCAAUCAAGUCUCGUGUCGAACAACUAAAUUUGCAUUUAUCCGAUGACCAAAUUAAGGAAGUAACAUCUAAGAUUAAACAGAUAGGUGAUGUCAGGCAACUAAGUAUCGAAGAUGUCGAUACUAUCAUCAAGGACUACCAUUCUGAACUAUAA